GACCCGUUAGAGGUCACGCAAGGGCAGCCCCGUAAUAUUGCCGCAAAAUAUGAAGCGGUGUUGCCAGAUGUUGACCUAAAUGCCCCCUUUCCUUAUCGCAUCGGCGGCCAUCUCCUGCCGUUCGCCUCUGCCCUUUUGCCCUCUUCCGUUCCCAAACCCUCCCUUUUCUUCCCUUCUUCGCCUUCUAAAUCCCCUCGCCCUGCCUUCAAAUCUCUUUUCUUCCUCCCUCCUUCCCGCCUCCUGAAGGAGGCUCCUCCUCCUCCUUUCUUCCCACCCAAAUCAGGCCCUAGAUCUUGCUAUCGUUCAUCUCGACUCCGCCUCGGGUGGCCCUGCUGGUUCUGCGUCCUUUUGCGGUGCUUUGCGCUUUCCCUCAUUAAAAAUCGAAUCUUGCCGGCGUUCCUUCGAGUCUGGUGGUGUUCGAGUCCGCGUUUCGUGUGAACGAGGCUACGUAUCGAUGGCUGACCAUGAUUUGGUUCUUGGAAAUCCUGGUUUGGCUCUUGGCCAGAAUCACGAGCUAGUUAUUGGCGAAGGUCAGGGUUUAGGACUUGGACAGAGGCAUGGUCUGGUUCUUGGGCACCCUCAUGACCACAAUCUCGGUCUAGGCCAAUCCCACAAUCAUGAUCUCGUACUUGGGCAUUCACAUGAGAGUCAACUAGUUUUGGGGCACCAUCACCACCAGCACCACCAUGACCAUGGCCACGAUGAUGGCGAGGACUUGGCUUUAGGACAGAAUCAUGAUGCCGAUCAAGAUGGCCUUGCACAGAGUCAUGAAUUGGGUAUAUCAGACAACCAUGAAUUGACUCUCGCUGAUACCCAUGAUCUCAGUGUUGAUCAUAGCUUGGACCAGCUCUCAGUGGACCAUGAGCAGGAGCUUGCCCUCGGAUUGACGCAAGAGAUGUUGCAGGGUCAGCUGGUAGUUCCUCAGGUAUUGCAGGCCCGAGCACUGGUUGUGAGUCCAGACCACCAGAUCACUGUGGGACAGGAAUUUGCAGAUGUCAAGAGCUGUCGACGAGCUAUACGGGAUGCAGCCAUUGCUUGCCAUUUUGAAAUCCAAACUGUAAAAUCUGAUAAGACACGCUUCACAGCAAAGUGUGCCGCCGACGGUUGCCCUUGGCGCAUCCAUGCAGCAAAGCUCCCUGGUGUGCCAAACUUCACUAUCAGGACCAUCAAUGAGACUCAUACAUGCAACGGAAUUUACCAUCUUGGGCAUCAACAGGCAUCAGUUGAGUGGGUGGCAAGUUCUGUUGAGGAACAGCUUCGGGAGAACCCGCAGUACAAGCCUAAGGAGAUACUAGAAGAGAUCCACCGCAUGCAUGGAAUAACUUUGUCCUACAAGCAAGCAUGGAGAGGAAAGGAGAGGAUUAUGGCUGCAGUUCGUGGGUCCUUCGAGGAAGGAUAUCGUCUCUUGCCACACUAUUGCGAGCAAAUUAAGAGGACCAAUCCAGGAAGCAUUGCUAAUGUAUACAAAAAUCCAGAAGAUGAUUGUUUUCAACGACUAUUUAUCUCAUUCUAUGCCUCAAUAUAUGGUUUCGUAAAUGCAUGCCGACCUUUGAUUGGGCUAGAUAAGACUGUUCUGAAGAGCAAAUAUCUGGGAACCUUACUCUUGGCCACCGGAUUUGAUGGAGAUGGUGCUUUAUUUCCUCUAGCUUUUGGGGUUGUUGAUGAUGCAACUGACGAGAAUUGGAUAUGGUUUUUAUCUGAACUGCAUGCUUUACUUGAGGCCAAUACGGAGAACAUGCCGAGGCUCACAAUUUUGUCAGAUAGGCAGAAAGGAAUUAUUGAUGGCGUCGACUUCAACUUCCCAACUGCCUUCCAUGGGUUCUGCAUGCAGCAUCUCACUGAGAGUUUCCGCAAAGAGUUCAGCAACUCUGCACUUGUUGAUAUCUUCUGGGGAGCUGCUCAUGCUCUCACAGACUAUGAAUUUGAUGCUAAAGUAAGAGAAAUUGAGCAAAUAUCACCUGAAGCUGCCUUCUGGAUCGGAAGGAUUCCACCGCGUCUUUGGGCAACCGCCUUCUUUGAGGGAACUCGAUUUGGACACCUCACAGCAAAUAUCAUUGAAUCGAUUAAUGGUUGGAUACUCGAAGCUUCUUCACUCCCAAUAAUCCAGAUGAUGGAGUACAUCAGGCGGCAGUUGAUGACUUGGUUUAACGAGCGACGUGAAGUAAGCAUGCAGUGGACGACAAUCCUCGUGCCAUCUGCUGAACGCCGUGUCUCUGAUGCAAUAGAACAUGCAAGGGGCUAUCAAGUUGGAAGAGCAAAUGAAGCGGAAUUCGAAGUGGUGUCUCCUCGCGAAGGAAGCAUAAUUGUGGACAUUCGCAACCGCUGUUGCCUUUGCCGGGGUUGGCAGCUCUAUGGCUUGCCCUGUGCUCAUGGAGUGGCUGCACUUCUCUCAUGCCGACAGAAUGUUCAUCGCUACACAGAAAGCUGCUUCACUGUGGCGACAUAUCGGAAGGCAUAUUCACAGACUAUACAUCCAAUUCCAGACAAGAGCCUUUGGAGGGAAAUGCCCGACUCAAACCAAAAUGCCAAUAAUCAGAUUGUCUUAGUAGUUAAUCCACCGAAGUCGCUUAGGCCUCCUGCAAGGCCAAGAAAGAAGAGAGCUCGCUCGGAAGAUCAAGGACGAGCUAAGCGGAUCGUGCAUUGUAGUCGGUGCAAUCAAACGGGUCACUUCCGAACAACCUGCGCAGCGCCUGUAUAAUAAAUUGUGAUAGAUUAUGAUAGAUUGAUAGGUAAUCAAGAGGAGGUAUUUGAGUUUUUCUUCUUCUUCUUCUUCUGUAUUUUAGGAUAUGCUAUCUGUCUCAUCCUCAAGGAUAUAGUAAGGACCUUCAUAAUGCUGUCCGGGUUAUUUAUUUCAGGAUCUCUCUUUAAGAUAUAGCGUCUAUUUCUCUUUUGUUUGUUUGCUUUAUCUGUUUCAAGGACCAGUUAAUAAAGUUGAGCAUUUGAGCUAGUAAA